CAUUUCGUUUAACAGAAACAAAAAUCUCAUUAAGAUGGCAGAGUCUUAUGACUUCCUGGGUGAUAUUAAUACAAAGAAGCUUUGGUGGAGUUUCAAAGUUUAUAUCAUCAGGAUAUGGGAACUUCCAAGCAAAUUUAAUGAGAAAGAAGUGCAAAGCAUUGAGAUGAUCUUGCAAGAUAGUAAGGGAAACAGGAUGAUUGCUUCAAUACCUAAGGCGCUGGUCCAAAAGUGGAGUGGUUUGAUUAUUCAGUUCCAAAUGUACGCCAUGAACAAUUUUAUUGUUGUGAAGAACACCAGAAUAGCUCAGACAAUCCCAAGCCAGUGGAUAUUGACAUUUUCACAUAGGACAACAGUAAAUCAGAUUCAAGAACCAAGCUUUCCGUUGGAAGCCUUUAGAUUCAGAACCAUAGUUGAGCUUCUCAACGCUGAUAAGAUUCUCCAGAGCGAUUUGUUUGAUGUGAUUGCGGAGGUGGUUGGUAAGGAGGACCCAAGAGACUUGGUUACCACAAAGGGAAAAGAGACUAAACGGAUGGUAAUUGUUUUGGAAGACUUAGAGCACAACAAGAUUGACUGCAUUUUGUUUGGAAAGAUGGUUGAUCAAAUACUCCCACACCUUGAGGAUGGAACGGUGGAACCUGUGAUUGUUCUUCUACAAUUCUUCAAGGCUAUACGGUGGAAUGGAAAAACUUCUCUACAUAGCCACUUUGAAGUGUCAAAGAUUCACAUAAACUCACAGCUAAAAGAGAUUGAGACUUUUAAAAACAGGUUGCUUAGUGAUGCACCAGCAACUACUUCAGUUAGGAUUAGCCAGAUCUCAUCACAAAGCAAAUGGUCUACUGUUGAUGAACUAACACAAGGACCCACUUGGAUUACUGGAACCAUUGUUGCUAUUAAUGCUGGUAAAAAAGACUGGUAUUACAAAUCAUGUAGAAACUGUCCAAAGAAAGUGGAUACUCCCAUUGGGAAUAGAUAUGAGUGUGACAAGUGUGGCCACACCCAUGGAAGUGCUGCACUCAGAUUCAAGGUUGAAGUGAUGGUGUAUGAUGGUACUGGAAGCAUCAGUCUACUACUUUGGGAUAGAGAAAUGGUGCAGUUGUGCGGUAAACGAGCAGAACAAAUUAGGGAUACUGAGGCUGAGGGUGAUGAUGAGUAUCCACCCACUCUCAAUAACAUAAUGGACAGAAAAUUACUACUUAAGAUAAAUGUAAAGUCUGCAAAUAUAAAACAGUUUGACCAAAUUUAUACUGUGAUGAAAAUAUGUGAUGAUGAAGAGAUUAUUGAAAAGAACACGCAAAGUGUGCUAUCAGCUGAACCAUCCACUAACACCGAAGGUGGGUGUAGCAACUCGGUGCAUGUUUCAGCGGAUUUUAAUCUCAAGAAUGAUUGUGAUCCUGAGUAUAAUUUGGAUGCUAUGGAGGAAUCUAUUUCAAGCCUCAAGUGUAAAACACCACUCAAAAGAACUUCCAACAUCUUGAAGUGUGGCUCCCAAUUUGUGAAUGAGACUGAUGAAGAUGGCCAGUUAUCAACUAACAAAUUCAGCAGGAAAUGA